ACAACCACAACCACAACCAAGCCACGCAGCGAGAGUAGAGGCGACCCGGAGACGAGGAGCACCGGGUUCGGCAUGCGAGACCCGGGUCCACGCGAGGUCCCCGAGCGGUACCAUGGUCCUGCCGCGCGUGGAUGAUGUCCACGUGACCGGGGGACUCGUGUCUCACUUGUGCGUGUCGACUUUGGUGGACGAACAAGGAAGGAAAAGAUGCAUCUGUUCCGGACUUACAAUUACCAAGUGUUCCCGGACCGAAGCUCCGUGGACCCGCAGACCGUACGUGGGGUCAGCUGGACGCCCCUCCCAGAGGCCUUGAACUCCAAGGACACCAUGAAGCAGUUCCUGUCAGAUCGCGUGGUGAAGGCGGCGAGGUCGGUCUACAGAGUCAUGGUGGACAGGAACCCAGGACUGAUCCGAGAUAGGAAGCAUCACCUCAAGACCCACAGACAAUGCUGCUCCGGCAAGGACCUGGUGGACUGGCUCAUGAGGCAAAACGAUGGCCUGCAAUCCAGAAGCCAGACGGUGGGGAUGUGGCAGGUCCUGGUGGACCAAGGCAUUCUGGUUCAUGUGAAACACGAGUUGAACUUCCACGACAAGGACACGCAGUUCUACCGCUUCCUGGACUCGGAGUUCGGCCUGCACCACCUGACCAAGGACUCUGAGGACGAGCUGCAGGAGAGCCUGUCCCUGCUGUCCCAGCUGGGCCCCGACGCCCUGCUCACCAUGAUCCUCCGCAAAUGUCCCAGUCAGAGGAGUGCGGAGGACCUGGAGGUCAUCUACGAGGAACUCCUCCACAUCAAGGCCGCCGCCCAUCUCUCCACGUCGGUGCGAAAGGAGCUGGCUGCCGUGCUGCUGUUUGAAUCCCACGCCAAGGCAGGAACCGUCCUGUUCAGUCAGGGCGAUAAAGGUACUUCCUGGUACAUCAUCUGGAAAGGAUCCGUCAACGUGAUCACCCACGGGAAGGGUCUGGUGACCACGCUGCACGAAGGCGAGGAUUUCGGGCAGCUGGCUUUGCUGAACGACGCCCCGCGCGCCGCCACCAUCAUCCUGCGAGAAGACAACUGUCACUUCCUGCGUGUGGACAAACACGACUUCGUACGCAUUCUCAAGGACGUGGAGGCCAACACGGUGCGCCUGGAGGAGCACGGGAAGACGGUGCUCGUGCUGGAAAAACGUGCCGACUCGGCCGAGCUAGGAGGAGCCGGAAACAAGUACACGGUGAUGGCAGGAACGCCGGAGAAGAUCCUGGAACACCUCCUGGAGACGCUCAAGUUGGACUCCGGCGGUGGCGACGCCGUCGAUUCGUGUGUGAGCGACUUCCUGCUCACCCACAAAGUCUUCAUGCCGUCCAAUCAGCUGUGUCCGGCGCUGCAGCAGCACUACCACGCCCAGCUCUCCGAGGGCUCCGAGCAGGAGAAGGCCGCCUACGUCCUCCACGCCAAGCAGAAGGUGGUGAAGCUGGUGGGCCAGUGGGUGGCGCUCUACGGCCGUCUGCUGAGGGAAGACGGCGUGGCGGCAGACUUCCUGGAGAGGCUGAAGGAAGACAUGGCCGACCAUCCGCCGCUCUGCAGCGUCCUCAUGGACAGAAGAAGAACCAGAGGGAUGGAUAAUGGAUACCACUCACUCAGCAGGAAGUCCUUCAGCUGGUUCUGUCCGAGCGAGGAUCCGCCAGGGAGGAUCCAGCCAAUCAGAGCGCAGGAUAAAGUCUUGUACCGGAUCCACACGGCGGACCACCGGGCGCUCACGCUCACGCUGCCCGUCGACGCCACCGUACAGGAAGUGAUGUCAUCGCUGGUGAAACCCGGAGGAGAUCACGUCCUGGUCAGGAUGACCUCGGCGGGAGAACGCGCCGAGCUGAAGCUGGACGCCUCGGCCGUCUUCACCGCGCUCGGACUCAACGAGAGACUCUUCGUCUGCGCCGCCGCUCAGGUGGAACAUCUGACGCCCCUGAGCGAGCAGCAGGGCCCCGAGCGAGGCAGCGCCACCACCCUGGAAGUGAUGUCCUCCAAGGGCAUCGCCGGGGAACUCACCAACUACGACUGGGAGCUCUUCGCCGCCAUGCACGAGGUGGAGCUGGUCCACUACGUGUUGGGGCGCCACAAGUUCCCGGGCGCCAUCACGGCCAACCUGGAGCGUUUGGUGCGGCGCUUCAACGAGGUCCAGUACUGGGUGGUGAGCGAGCUCUGCCUCUGCGAAGACCUGGUCAAGCGAGCCGUGCUGCUCAAGAAGUUCAUCAAGAUGGCCGCCGUAUUAAAAGAGCUGAAGAACCUCAACUCCUUCUUCGCCGUCAUGUUUGGUUUGAGUAACAGCGCCGUGCAGAGACUUUACAAGACCUGGGAGAGGAUCCCCGGCAAGACCAAGAGGAUCUACUGUUCCUACGAGAGGAUGAUGGAUCCAUCACGGAACCACAGAGCGUACAGGCUGGCUGUGGCCAAGCUGAGUCCGCCUUACAUCCCCUUCAUGCCGCUCAUCCUCAAGGACGUGACCUUCAUCCACCAAGGGAACCCCAACCUUGUGGAGCGACUGGUCAAUUUUGAGAAGAUGCGAAUGAUCGCCAAAACCGUCAGGAUGGUUCAAGUGUGCAGGAGGCAACCUUACGUGCCGUCAUCGCCCCAGAGAGGAUUAGCCGAUCGGAUGUUUCUCGAAGGUCCCGCUGCUCGCCUUUCCACGUACUCUGACCACGCCCCCCCCCUGAGUAGUCCCAGCAACAUCCGCCAUUACAUCCACCACCUGAAGGUGAUCGACAGCCAACGCAAGCUAACGCAGCUAUCAAGAACGUUGGAAAGCUAGCAGCAGUCGGCGCGGCGGCCAUGGCGACAGACCGCUAAAGAAACCACGCUAGCCUCUCACUUCCUGGUCAGUCGUUGCUAAACCAAUCACUGCUCACCGCCGUCCUGUACAUGCUUCCUGUUUCAUACGCAAUAAAUUAUUUUCCCAAG